AACAUUCCCAGGUCAAAUCUGCCCUGCUCCCUGCUCCGUUACACAUGCGCAGGCUGAGGCGGGGGGCUGGGAGCUGGGGGGCCGGCUGGGGGGCCCCGGCAAUGGGUCACUGAGAGCUCGGCCUCCCUGUGGGGGACCCGGCAGGGGGAUGGGGGACCGAUGGGGCUCCGGCUCGGCCAGGCCGGCGUGGGGAGUAGGGCCAGGGCCGGGGCCGGGCUGGCUCAGCUGCCCCCGGUGCCCGCGCUGACGGGCACGGCCGGGGCUGCCCUGCAGGUGACUCAGGCCUCGCUGCGUGCCCACAUCGGGGUGGUGCCCCAGGACACGGUGCUCUUCAACGACUCCAUCUGCAACAACAUCCGCUACGGGCGCGGCGCCGCCUCCGACGAGGAGGUGCGCCAGGCGGCCCGCGCUGCCGACAUCCACGAGCGCAUCGUCUCCUUCCCCGAGGGUUACGAGACCCAGGUGGGGGAACGAGGCCUGAAGCUGAGCGGGGGGGAGAAGCAGAGAGUGGCCAUCGCGCGCACGAUCCUCAAGGGCCCGCAGAUCAUCCUGCUGGACGAGGUAACUGGGACCUCGCGGCCCCCCACG